UUUAGUAAUUAUUAGUUUAUCAAAUAAUAAUUUAUAUGUAGAGGUUUUACUAUACAAGUGUAUACAUGAUCAAUCGUCAAACACUCCACGCUAAAAAUUAAUUUUCCAGAUAUUAUAACGAAAUGUUAAUAGUAGACAUCAGCUGCUUAUGUAAACAUCCUCCCGCAUUGGCUCCAUGAGCCUUUCUAAUAAUAUAAGCUCUUGAGUCUUGACAAAAAAAAAGAAUGACAUCAGCUGCUUUUCACGCAAGUAAGGGCUUUGAAUAAGCGUUUUGGUCUCUAUUGUACAACUCUGUUUUGACAAAAAAUAAUGUCAGUUCCUAUCUCAUAUUUGGGGUUAAGGUGAUGUGCUGGAGAUUCCACACCUUAACCUAAGCACACUAGUUCUUAUUUAAUACAGAAUUCAAAAGUCAAUAGUCCUAAACAAAUCUAUCUAUAAUCUACCCCGGUGACCCUGCCAAUCAUAAUUAGAGAGGUGUAACCCACGUUCUAACAUUUAACCAUAAUUUUAGAAAAACAAAGUCUUUGUUUAGUUACUCAAGAUUUGAUCAACUCAAGAGAGUCUUUCUUUAUUCUAUUACGUGUCUUUCUUUAUUCUAUUACGUAAAAGCUAAACAGUAAGAAAUUGCUAUAGUAAGAUUAGGUUUCGGUUGGUUUCUGUGUGUAUAUAUAUGUUGGAGUAAGAAGAGACAAAUACAACAAAACUGCUCAUUAAAAACUCUGUUUCAAGUUUACUUCCAUGGCACGUCUUUCUCUGUUUCUGUCGUUUCUCUCUCUGAUAGUUUUGAUCUCUGGUGUGAACUGUCGCGUUUUAAGUUCUUUAUCUGAGAAAAACUCGAUCUUGAUCUCCGAUGGAGUUCAAGACGGGUCCAGCUACGAGUUUCUGAGUCUUGAUCCGCGAAAUGGCAGCAUUACCAAGAAUCAAUGCAUACAUGUCUACGGGUUUCUUCCAUGUGCAGACAAUGUUGGAGGAUAUGUGUUCCAAGUUUUCUCGUUUGGUUGCCUCUUGAUAAUCGGUGAAUACUUCUUGACUAAAGGAAGGUCUAACCUCUUUCUCAUCUUCGAGGUGGGUUUUUAUGGCGGAAUCAUCUUCCCUCUCCUUACGAUGUUUCCAAGAAUCGCGCUUAUUCUCUCGACUGGACUGGUGGGAAGCCGCGAAAUGGCAAGCUCGAGGGUGGGUAAUAUCAUUGGAGUUACUGUGGGAUACUCUGUCUUUGCUUUGACAAUGCAAUGGGGAGCUUGUAUUCUCUUUGGCUUGUCUGGUUCUAAACCAGAACAGCCCAUAGAAUCUGGAGAAAAUUCAGACGUAAAUUGCCCAAGAACACAAGUUUACUGGAAAAAUCUAUUAAAUUACGUUUUCGCUAGCGUAGAAGCAGAUCCUACGAACAAGAAAGCGGCAGGGAUUAUGCUCUUGACUAUACUACCCUUCAUAUUGGUCUCAUUUUCAGAGAUAUCUGAUUCACAAUCUUCGAAUGACAUAAUCGUUUUGAUCACACUCAUAAUCUCUGCUUCUGCAACUUUUGUCUACUUUUUUUAUUCGUAUUUUGAUAGAGCCGACCAAGAGAAGAGCUUAGAUCUCGCGAGGUUUGAGCUCAUGUCAGAAUUUCAUAAGCAUUUACAGAUUUUUUCCCCCAAAAGCCUUAUAAGAGAUGGACAACUAAAUGAAGAGAGCUUGAAAAGGUUGUCUGACAGAAUCGAUGUAAACAAAGAUGGAAAGAUCCAAGUUUCAGAGUUGAAAGAUCUUACGGUGGAGUUUGGGAUGUUAGGGAGAGUCAAGUGUCACAUAGAUAAGCUUGUCACUACAUUGGUUGCCGAUUUCGACAGGGAUGGAGAUGGUGAGAUAAAUGAAGCUGAAUUCAAAAUUGGGAUUAAAAAAUGGCUGAAUCAGUACAAAUUCAGCUUCGAUAGCACCGUGCCACCAAGUGAGGACCAAGCUGAGGAGAAUCCAAUAUUGAAGAUAGAAAAGCCAAAGGAAAGUCUUGUUACUAAGCUGCUCUCAUGGAAAACCUUGAGAGCUGCCUUGGAAGUCACUUUAGGGAUUCUAAUUGUCCUCUAUCUUGCAAGACCUUUCAUGAUGAACAUCCAGCUUUUGUCGGAAUCAGCUGGAGUUCCUUCCUUCUAUGUUGUCUUUGUAGCCAUUCCUUUGGCAAGAAACCUAAAGAGCACCUUGUCAGCUCACUUCUGUCGCAAGAAAGACAAAGCAAGAAUCACAUCUGACGCAUUUUCUGAGAUCUACAAAGAUGUUACAAUGAACAAUCUGAUGGGAGUUUCAAUUAUAUUGGCAAUUGUGUACGCAAGAGAAUUAAUUUGGGAUUACACAACAGAAGUUCUCAUUAUUGUGAUCGUUGUUCUCUUAAUAGGCGUACCGGCCUAUGUGAGAUCGACUUAUCCAUUUUGGAUAUGUGUCUUGGCCUUUGCUCUCUACUUCAUCUCUCUUGUCGUAGUAUAUUUCCAUUUCAUGUCUCUAGACAAGGGAAACACUUUUACCUUUAACGAAUAAUCAGUGAAACUGUCCCAAGAGUUCUUCUUUUUGCUCAAGAUUUCCUAGUUUCUCUCAUAUAUAUUGAUCCACUAUGUAUUUUCAUAAAUUUCGUCUGUGGUGUAUGUUUUACAAGCUGUUUGGUGUUGAAUGUCCAGUAAUAUAGAUAUAAAGUCUCAAUAUCUUUGAGGUUAUGAAAUAAUAUGAAUUAUCUCGUAAAAGUGGAUAUUGUGCAAAUGCUUGACAACUUCACUCUUGACACUCCCCUCAUUAAGGAAUCUCAAAAAACUUAACAGAUAAAAAAAUAUAUAAGCUCUGUGUGAUAGUAAAAAGAAAACGCUUCAAGCGUCAAACUUGAUUUCCAUAUAAUUCAAUGAAAUGCUAAUACAGUACACAUCGAUUGCUUUGCACGCAAGUAAGGGUUUAGUGCGUUUUCGUCCCUUUUGUGCAACUUUGUUUUGACAAAAAGUGAGAUUGAUUCCUCUCAAACUUUGUUUUGACAAAAAGUGAGAUUGAUUCCUCUUAUUUGCACGCAAGUAAGGGUCUAGUGCUUUAACUAAAAACACUAGUAAUUACUUAAAACAAGUUCAAAAGUCAAUAGGUUUAAACAAAUCAUAAUUUGAGAGGUGUAAUAACUCUAAAACAAGUUCAAAAGUCAAUAGGUUUCAACAAAUCAUAAGUAGAGAGGUGUAACUCACGUUCUGAAGUUUUAACAAUAAUUGUCGAAAACAUAGACUUUCGUUAAAUACUGAUCUUUUUUUUUUUUUGAAUGAUUUAAAUACUGAUCUUUGAUGACUUGAUCUCAACUCAAGUCUUUCUUUAUUCUAUUAUGUAAAAACUUAAAAAGUUGAUACAGUAGUUAUUUUGUUAGUUUAUGUGUGUUAGUGUGUAUAAUAUAUUCGAGUAAGAAGAGACGAAUACGACAAAACUGCUGACUAAAAACUUUGUUUCAAGUUUACUUCCAUGGCACGUCUUGCUCUGUUUCUGUCCUUUCUCUCUUUAGCUUUAACCUCUGGUAUUAUUGUGAGUUGUCGUAUUCUAAGUUCUUUUUCUGAGAAAACUCAACCUUGGUCUCCGAUGGAGUCCAAGACGGAUCCAGCUACGAGUUUCUAAGUCUUGAUGUAACGACCCGGAUCUAAAUCCGCUAGGGCCUAGGGGUCCUCCGUUUGUUUUUAAGAAAAAGGCUCAAUUCCGCAGAAAAGCCCUGUAAGCCCGUUAAGAUAAAUCCGCUAGAGUGAAUUGUAAUGAAGUGUAAUGCACAUGAGCUUGCUACUACAUUGCUUUAGUAUUUCGAUAUAGACACGUGAAAUAGGCGAGAGUGAAUUCGAACUAGGAAUUGCUAAAUGGUUGAAACAAUACAAAUUCAGCUUUGAUAACACUGAGUGUCAAAGUGGUGAGAAUUUUU